AUGGCAGCUCGCAGUCCGCAGGUUCCUGCUCCAGCGGUGAGCCAGAAGCAGCGGAAGGCUGCUCUGAGGAAAGAAAGAAGAAGACGGAAACGUCAAGCUCUUGCUCAUGUCCAAGGAUGUGAUCCUAAAAAUGCAGCUGAAGAAGAGGAAGAAGUAAAUGAUGCAAGUAGCGAAGAAAAUGUCGCCACUGUGGAAGAAAGACUGCGGCUACAUGAAGAAUGGCUGGAAAGAGAAAGGUUGGCCCAAGACGAAUUUAGGCUGAAGUCAGAGAGGGAGGAAGCUUCAAGGCAAAGAAAAGAAGAGGAGGAGCGCAUGAUAAAGGAAGAAUGGGAUUCACAGCAGAAGAAAGAACAAAAGGAAAAGGAGCAGAAGCAGCAGGAGAAGCGAGACAGAGAGGAGGCUGUUCAGAAAAUGUUGGACGAAGCAGAAAAUCAGCUUCAAAAUGGAGGACCAUGGAUGAAUCCUGAAGCUCCUCGGACUGUGAACUCAGACAAUUAUGGAACAGAGCGUGAUAUAGCUAACUGUCCUUUCUUCCUAAAGACCGGGGCAUGUCGAUUUGGUGACAGAUGUUCUCGGAAGCAUGUUUAUCCCACAGCCAGCCCGACUCUUAUGGUCCGUGCUAUGUUUACAACGUUUGGAAUGGAGGAGGUACGGCGGGACGAUUACGACAUAGACGCCUGUUUGGAGCACAGUGAGGAGGAGCUGCAGGAGUCUUUCCUUGACUUCUACCAUGAUGUUCUACCAGAGUUCAAAAGUGUGGGCAGGGUGGUGCAGUUCAAGGUCUGCUGCAAUCAUGAACUCCACCUGAGAGGAAAUGUUUAUGUUCAGUUUGAAACAGAAGAACAAUGCAAAGAGGCCUUUAUUAAGUUCAAUGGGAGGUGGUACGCAGGCCGGCAGCUUCACUGUGAGAUAUCCCCCGUUACACGGUGGAAGAACGCCAUCUGUGGACUAUUUGACAGACAGAAAUGCCCUAAAGGGAAACACUGUAACUUCCUGCAUGUAUUCCGAAACCCCGGCCGGGAAUUCUGGGAAGCCGACAGGGAUCUGCACCUUUCCCCCGACCGUAACGUGAAGGGGGGUCGCAGCGACGGAUGGCAUUCAGAGCGAUAUUCAGAGCGAUCAUGGAGGCAGCGUCGCUACAGCAGAAGCCCAGUAAGAUCAGAGAGGUCUCACAGCAGGCGAGACGCUGACCGGCAGAGAAGCAGGAGCAGAGAGAGGAGGGACUCCUACCACUACAGAGAAGACAGACAAUCGUCCAGAUCCCGACACAGUGAAAGGACAGACAGACGCAGAAGUAGAGACAGGUCGAGGAGCAGAAGUAGAGAUGGAGAGCGACGCAGGCUCCAAAUCAGGAGCAGAGAUAAAGACAAGGAGCAUAACUGUAGAAAAAGAAGUGAAGAGAGAGACAGCAGAGAUGAAGAUGAAGAUACUCGCAGAGAAGACGGAAAAAACUCAAGAAGCACAAGCAGAGAGAGGAAAAGAAUCAAGCAAAGUAAAGAAAGGAGCUCAAAGAAACUAGAUAAAAGUAAGAAAAUACCCACAGAUAGUACAAACACACCCCACCGCCACAAACACUCAAAAAAAAGCAAGAAGAGCAAGAAGAAACACAAGAAGAAAAGCCACAUUCCUGAUGUGACAACUUCAUCCGGAGAGUCUGAAAAGGAGAAAGAAUCAGAGGAGACCGAGGAUAAUCCUUCAGCACCAAGUCCUAGUGGUGACAUUAAUGAAACUAAAAUAACUCAGGAAAAUGAUUUUGAGGACAAUAACUUGUGUUCGGAGGCGAAAAGUGAACAGUCCAACACAGAACCCAGAAGUGAGCAGACUGAAAAUGGCGACGUCGGCUCUUCUUAGGAGCUCCGAUAU